ACUUCCUCACUCUUCUCGCUUGGGUUUCCUGUCGUCACAGCAUGAUUGUAUUUUUUCUCUCUUCACUUCUCCUUUUACACAAAUAGACAUAGACUUCUGGGUUACAGGCUGUGCUGGCCACCUAAAAGAUAAUCAGUUUAUUCUACCUGAAGUACUGAGGGACACUGCCUUCAAAAGGGCAUACUAUCCCAGCAUGGGCAUGAGCAGCCUGAAAUUGCUGAAAUAUGUUCUGUUUAUCUUUAACUUGCUUUUUUGGGUCUGUGGCUGUUGCAUUUUGGGCUUUGGCAUCUACUUCCUGGUCCAAAAUACCUAUGGAGUACUCUUUCGUAACCUUCCCUUCCUGACACUUGGCAACAUUCUGGUCAUUGUGGGAUCCAUUAUCAUGGUAGUUGCUUUCUUGGGUUGCAUGGGCUCAAUCAAGGAGAAUAAGUGCCUGCUUAUGUCGUUCUUUGUUCUGCUGCUGAUUAUUCUCCUUGCUGAGGUGACCUUAGCCAUCCUGCUCUUUGUGUAUGAACAAAAACUCAACACGUUAGUGGCUGAGGGUCUGAAUGACAGCAUUCAACAUUAUCACUCUGACAACAGCACCAUGAAGGCAUGGGACUUCAUCCAGACACAACUGCAGUGUUGUGGUGUAAAUGGCUCAAGUGAUUGGACCAGUGGUCCACCAUCUUCCUGCCCAUCAGGUGCAGAUGUUCAGGGUUGUUAUAAUAAGGCAAAAUCGUGGUUUCACUCCAAUUUCUUGUAUAUUGGAAUCAUUACCAUCUGUGUAUGUGUGAUACAGGUGCUGGGAAUGUCCUUUGCACUGACACUCAACUGCCAGAUUGACAAAACAAGCCAGGCUUUAGGGCUGUGAUUUGCAACUACCCCCUGCUUAAGUGACUUAUUCCUCUCUAGAAAGUCAAAGUAUCCAUUCCAUGAGAACUUAAACAAUUACCUGCCUGACUGGCAUUUUGGCUUCUUCUUAUUCCAUCUUUGACUGGAUUUCUGUCUUAUACACAUCCAGUGAAGAGAAUAUUUGUCGUGGACUCCCCAUAUCCAGCAGAAGACAAACAUUAACCAACUGAUAGCAGUAACCAUAUCCCUUAAAGAUGGUGAAACAUACCUGGGUGGUUUGGUUUUUUUUUUUUUUUUUUUUACAUACUUGGGUAUUUUUUAAGAGACACUGUAGCACUGGUGGCUUGAGAUCCACUGCCAGCUGGUGGUGUGGUUAUUUCUCAGAGUACUGGCCUAGCACAUGUGAGCCCUUGAGUUUAGCCCCAAAUACUACAAAAAAGAGGUCCAAGUUUAAAUGUUAGACUCCUAACAACUGUCAAAUCAAUCUCUAGCCUCUAAAUCUUGCUACUUCCACUCUACAAAGUCACGUAAGAGAGAAGCUGAUGGAAAUUUUUGAGUCCCAUUCAUUAGAUAAUUGACAUACUCAGUUCCCUUUUGAACACAGUCCUUGGUAAUAGGAAUCAUACAGAAAUCUUUUAUCUCUGGAAAAUAUUCCAAUUUCUUUGUCUUAUUGAUUUUGUUCCAUCCAUCUAUCCAGAAAAGAAUAGUUAUUCCCAUUCUAUUGUUAGUCAGUCUGGUAGCCUUGAAUUACAUUGCCAUAAAACAACCCAGAAGUAUUAAUAUCUCCAGUGUGUUAGCUGAUAAUCACAUCCAUGUUUAUGUUUUAUUUCUCUAUUAAAUAAGGAUGUUAAUGUACCAUUUUAACCUGUUAAUAAACAAAAUAGUUUAUAAUCA